GCUCAAGCAUUAAAUAAUUGUAUACUAUUUUAUGCAGAAUGUUCCUUGAAAAAGGCUCGAUAUACUAAGUUUUUAUACAAAACAGACACCAAUUAUUUUUUUGAAAACAUGGUAUUGCACACAACAAGCAUAAAACAUGGCUAUGAUUUUAUUAAGCAACCUAAUGUUUAUAUUUUCAACCACUCUACACGUGGUUGAACACGAACGAUAUCUCUGUUCUGAAUAUCAUCGUUUAAUUUAAAUAACUGCUAGAUGGUGAAAUAAAACAUACAUCUAACACGAUUUUCAUGUUUUAACAUAAAUCAAAGUAUGCUAUGAUAUGAAAAACGACUAAAACUUACGUAUUUUGAGAAUAUUAUCCGAACACAUAUACUUCCGCUCGAAAUUUCACAGGAACUGAACAAAUCUCGGUGAAGUCUCGUGAACUUUCAUUCGAGCACCUCUGGAUUUAUUAUAUACUUAGCAACGAUACAGAAAACAUUCUGAACACAUUCGCAGGGGUGUUUUAGAUACGGAAAAGGGGCGUGUAGGAACGAAUGGAAACGUUGUUACUUUCUUGGAUUUACUAUCAUUUAGCUACUGUGUUGGAUGUAGUGUCGCCGAAGAUGCAGACGUUAUGCACUCUGUAUGAACGACACACGUGUUCGAUGUACAUGCGAAGUUAGGCAGCACUGUCUGUGCAAAAAAAUACGGAUACCUUUGACAUCCUUUCAAAGAAUAAAUAUAUUUUGUAUAUCAUUGAUUGUUGUUUUCUUUAUUACUACAUUUUACUACAGUGUGUAGUUCAUGCAUUUAGAAGUCCAUGCAACUUGAAUGCGUCGAUCGGAAAGCAACCGACAGUAACUUUCUCAACGGGUAUAUAUACCCCAGUGGCAGUAGAGGAGCGAUCGAAACUAAUAUGGCGACCAAAUGCUUUUAUGAAUUUUUGUCAGCUUUAUCAUAGAGUUGCUGAUCAUAUAAAGAAAAUUGAGCCCCCCCCCCCCCCUCCCCCUUGGGAGCAUGUAACAAAUGGAAGUGAAAAAAAGAUAUCAUUGAGCAGCUAAAGAGCUGAAGGCAUACUACGCACUCCUCAUUUCUCACCACUGAUUAGAAUUUUCCUAAUUUUGAGAAAUAUUUAUUUUCUGCCUGUGAAGAUUUUUUGAAUUAGGCUGCCAAUUAAAAACGUUUCUGAAAAUCACCGUAAUAUAGUGAAUAAAAUAAACAUGAGCACAGGUUAAUGAAAUGUAUAAGAAGAGGAAGUUUUGACGCGUUCAAAUUUGGCUAAAUAUAUAUUUAUAGAAAAAAUCCUCAAAAAUAAAGUUUGAGCCCAUAAGAGAAUGAAAAACUUUUCUCUGUCGGUUCCUUAUAAAACUAAUCUUUUACUUGAAUUAAAUUUGCAAUAACAUUUAUUUUCAAUUAUUGUUUAUCUGUGCUCUCUGUUGAAAUGAUCGAACUAAUGUUUAUUAUGAUGAAUAAUACAUCUGUUUUGCAAAUAAAUUUGAAGCAUGUUUCAUGUUUGUGUACAUAUCAAAGUGUUCCUAAUUCAUUUUUUUUGAAAAUCCAAAAACGGUCUCUUGCUUGUUCUUUCUGCCAUUAGAUUUAUAGUUAUGUAAUUUAUAUUGUGAUAGUUUUCGGUAAGUUUAUAUUCUGGAAAUAGGUUAUUGAAGAACAUAGUAGCCUGAUAUUGACAAUUUUCACCUGUGACGCAAUUCUUGUUGACUGUUCAAUUUACAGUAAUCAUUUGACAAACAAUGGAUACCGGAUCAAUUUUUUACGUAAAUUUUAAUGAUUUUGAUUUGAAAAUAAAACCAUGGAAAAGUGAUCGGAAAGAGUCGCAGGGAUUUUACAAUGACCAAUUCAAAGGCUUUUGCGUUUAUGUGGAUAUCCAUACGGACCUUGGAAUACAUUAAUAUAGUUCACGGGAUUAACCCAUGUGCUGAAUCGUUCGGACCCAGCAAACUUCACGUGUUUCAAGAUGAAACAACAGCCUGCUUUUGGUUAUCAUUUACUGCAAAGAAUUUCACAGAACACCAAGCCAGCUGCCGUGCAUUAAAUGGUUAUCUAGCUUACAUUCCUGACGUGGACAUUUUCUCUACGGUCCGAUUUCUGUUAGAUAUAUAUGGAGGCGCUUAUGAGGAAUAUUACUUAGGCAUGACAGAAACUAGUGGCAACCUGUUGACGUUAGAGGGUCUCCCUGUAAAUUUUCAAAAUUUUGCAAGUACACAGCCCAGCAGUGCAUCAGAAACUUGCAUUACUAUAUACGGGAGCUCUGGAAUCUACUACGAUACAGCGUGCAAUUCUAACCACUUUGGAGUAUGUUCAACUAUUCCGAAUUCCGCAGGAGUUCAGGGAACACAUAUGCAAGAAAAUCCCCCCAAGACAACCACAGAGUCUCCCCCUGGUAACAGCUGCCCCUGUCAUUGUUCUAAAAUCUACCAUCCGAAUCUGAACAUCAAUCUAACGGCUGAGGAGAAAGAGGAAAUAAACGAAAUGAAGAAAAAUCUUACUGUGGAGAAAUCCACCCUCUCGAGUACUAUACGCAAGUUCACUUGUGCCGAGGAUGACCGCUCGUCCUCGCAGACGAUUGGAGUACUCGGCGCAUGCUUCCUGGCUGUGACCUUUGGAUUAGUGAUUAUAGUAGACUCCAUCAGAGUGAUUAACUUUUUAAGCUGUACCAGGAAAUAGCAAAAAUUUAUAAUAUGUUUCAUCUGGCCGUUAAAGUGUUUUUUAAUAUUUAGUUUGUUGAAAUUGUAGGGAAAUAGCUCGCUAAGAGUAUAUAUUGGCAUAAAUCAAUAGUCAAAUGGAAUGUUUUUUA